CUGUUCACUGCUUCCUUGUUGUUUGAAUACAUCGCUAUACAUAUUUAUAAAAGCUAUGCAGGAUUUUACGUAUGUGAAGGUCGUCCGAUGGAGCGUCCUUCAGUUACUGCUGACAUUUGCCGGCACUCAAGGUGCUUUGUUUCUGAUAUCUGACAAACAGUAUGCGCAUCUACAAGGUGAAAUAACGUUAACUUGCAACACGAGUGAUAAUGUUAGCUCCAUUGAGUUUAGAAGGGAUGACAAAUAUGUGGGAAAAUGCGUCAUAUCUUCUUGUGAGACGAGUGCAACCAAGUUCAUAGUGAACAAGAAUACAGAGCCUGUUGGAUACAACAUAUUCACCGUAACGGUGAAGGGUUUUGAGGUGAACGACGACGGUUUUUAUAAAUGCAUUGAUAAAGAGUCAUCGCAGGAAUCUGGAAUACAAAUCACCCACACAGUUGACAUCACAUCAGUGACACUUACUCCAAAGAAGGACCCUAUAUCGGUGAUUGAAAACGUUCCAGAGCUUUUCCGCUGUGUUACGUCAACGUGUCGUCCGGCGGCCUCGGUAACGUGGAUUCUGGGCUCCACCCAACUAACAUCUGGAAUUGAGUCAAUCACCUCACAAGACGUCACUACCAGUACACUUAACUACACCUCACAGAAAAAACACCAGGACAUGCAAAUCCACUGUCAAGGUAGUAAUGGUGGUCAACUUCGCAAAUCCGAUGACCGACCCAGGCUAAACGUUCUUUAUGGGCCAAGACAACUAGUUUGCAGAUUUGGUGGGUCAUCUUUGUUAUCUGCAGUAGCAGUAAGAGAAGGCCAGGAAUUUAGCCUUAACUGCAGCAGCGACGGAAACCCGCCACCAAGCUUUUCCUGGACCCACCCUGGGGAUGGACCAUCUAGUUCUCUCUUCAUAGGCAGCAUCAACAGAACACACGCUGGAAUAUUCAGGAUAAUAGCAAGGAACAACUUGAUCCCAUCCAAUCAACAGGCAGUUAAUCUCUCAAGGGACAUUAAUGUCACAGUUGAUGUUCAAUAUGAGGCAAAAGUGACGAAUAUUACAUUAUCGAAUGUUGAUGACGGGCAAAAGUUUGAAGCAAAUGAAAGCUCACAAGUCAUUUUUCAUUGCCAAGCCCAAGGCAAUCCAUUAUCAAAUGUUGUGUUGUCUAAAGAAAAUCAUGAUUUAAAGACAGAAAGUAACACAAACGAAUUGGCAUUCACGAUCAUCAAAAGUGUUUGUGAGGACGAUGGCACUUACCAGUGUUCAGCACAAAAUAUACACAAUACUAAAGCCGAUAUCAGGUCUUUGAUGUUAUUUGUUAGAUGUGCUCCUCGUGCAUCAACAUUGGACCCAAGAAAGCAGAACGUCACAAGCGCUACUGGAGUCCCUGCUGUUUUAACUCUUACGCUAGUAGCUUUUCCUCGACCUGGGGUGGUUGACAUUUUGUGGGAAAAACAAUUGUCGGCUCUAAAUACGUGGCAUAUUGUUCCUAAUGCCUCACACAUCGAGAUCCUCAUAUCUGAAGACGGACUUCAAACUCAAUUAUCAUUUAGUUCCGUUAUGCAAGACGAUUUCGGGUAUUACCGCGUACAUGUCAACAACGAACUUGGAAAUUAUAACGAAACGUUUAGCCUGCAGAAGCAAGGGAAAAUGACAGAAGCCUUGGAUCGAUUAACAAAUGAACAUAAGCUGCAGUCAAUGUCCCACACAGACGGAACAGAAGAUGACAAUGAUGAUGAAGUGAUCAAUGAGUUAUAUGAGGGCGGUGAUGAUGUGCAGGACCGCACUAGAAAGGCGGCGGCCCUUCAAGAACAGCCUCAUAAGAAAAAAGCUGUCAGCAUGUCAAGCGGGGUCGGUGAAUUAUAUGCUGUCGUAAAUAAAAAAUCAAAAGGCGAAACGUCAUCGGAACAACCAUCAAAACUAAAAAGGAAAGCCAAGGACAGCGAAGAUGAAUACGAAAACACUGAAAAUCCACGAGGGGCGAAUGGUGUCGAUAACCAUGUAAAUCAUGAUGUGCCUUUGGCAAAGGAAACAGCUAAGGAGAAUGUAAACAAAGAUGGACUGGUUUAUGAAGAGUUGACUUUUUCAAACCCCACAAAGGAACAACAGCGUAUAGUCAUCCACGGCUCAGAUGAAAUAACAAAAUACGCAGAAGUGGACUUGACCAAGACGGCAAAACCAUUACGUGAAAAAGACGAAAAAAAGAUUAAAUUGCCAUCAAAAUAAUGAAAUAAAUAUCAAAACAGCAUACUGCAUGUUAAGAAAUGCUUAAACUAAAAUGGUAGCCGUGUUCCAAAGAAUGUCCAGAAAACCCAAACAAUGUAGCAUUCAAAAGAUGACAACUUUGGUUUUUAUGUUGACAUAUUACGCCUAAAUUUGAUACAUUCUUUAUAUUUUAUAUAUAUAUUUAAAUUCCUUUACAAUUAUCUUUCUAAACUUGCGUAUUGGAUAUUGUCCCCGAAUGAAAUUUCAGAACCUGGUUUCGUAUUCUGCUGUCGGCUGAUUAUUGUUUUCGAUUUUGUAUUUGUCUAAUAUUCUUUCUUAUUUUUGUCGUAAUUUUCACCUCGAUAUGUUUUCUUCUCCAAAUGUCCAUAUUUAAUCUCAUGCAGAUUUUCUACGGGACAUCGUUUGUUUUAGUUUCUUGUGGACAAUAUUUGCGAGUUUUGACAUGAAUGUCUCUAUUUCUUUUAAUAUUUAUAUGAAAAACUACAGAAACAGGCUUAGAACCUAAACGUUUAAACAUAAACCCCGUUCAAUGGCAAAGAAUAAACGCCAAAGACAUGGAACACAAAAACAAACAAUCACAAAUAAGAAACAUGGAACAACAACACAAUACUCCACAAACAACACAGUACAUAUAUACAAUAUAAAAAAAACUAAAGCUAGUUAUCCACAUGAUGCUAUGAUAUUAAUUAUGUAAUUAAUGUGUAUUUUGGUUAUUUGAUACUGUUUUAUGCAAGGAUCACCUAAACCCGUACUGGCUUGAAUAAAGACAUAAUUAGUAUCGUCAUCGUACAACUUAUUACAUUUAACCGGCUUUUGUG